AUGCAAUCAGAAUGGUAAAAAAGGUAUGAUCAAGUUAGAACAAUCACUCCUUCAAAAUAAAUUCGAAUAAGAACUACUCCAAGUCCUGAAAGACCAAUAAAAUUGAAAUUUGCAUAAUCUCCUGUUCAAGCUCUUUAUACAACCUCUACAAAAGCAACUGUAAUUUUACCAUUAUAAAAUGAAUAUAAAUAUACAAUGCCAGAAACAAGACAAGGUUGUAGAUCAAUAGAAUUGUCAAAUUAAUUGGGAAUAGUUUUGGGAGGGCAUUCACAUAGAGAAUCAUUGGAAUUCAAUUUUAUAGAUUUAUAAAGUGGAUAAUGGUUAUAGAAAUAAUAAUUUUAAGAUUGGGAAUACUUAAAAUAUAGAAUGAAGGAAAAUAAUACAAAAUUAGGAAGUCAUUUUUCAAUAAAUUAUGAUUUUGAAGAAUAAACACUAUAUUGUUUUGGAGGUGAAAGAAUAUAAGGAGUUAGAAGAUAAAGUAAUACUUUAAGUAAGAUACAAAAUCAUUAAUUGUAAUAAUUUAUAAUAAAUGGUAUCAAUCCAAGAAGGAAUCAUACAUCAACUUUAAUGGAUAAUCAAUUGAUUAUUAUUGGAGGAUUUGAAGAUAUGAAUACAAAACCAAUUUAUUUUGGUGAUAUACACAGUAUCAAUUUGAUAACAAUGAAAUCAACAUAAUUAUAAAAAUAAUUUAUGAAAAAUGGAUUGGCUUAUCAUUAAGUAAUAAGUGUAUAGAAAAAGAAUUAAUAUUUUGAAGAAAAAGAGAAUGGUAUAUAUUUAUUUGGUGGUAAGGAUUAAGAGGAUAAUUUUAAUAAUGAUUUGCUAUAAAUAGUUAUAGGGACUUAAUUGUAAAUGAAUGUUGUUUAGACAAUUGGAUAAUAACCAAAAGCAAGAAGAAAUUUUAGUAUGAAUUACGAUUAGAAUAGUUAAUGUAUUAUUAUAUUUGGUGGAACAAAUGACUUUGAGAUUUUUGAUGAUUUAUAUACUUUAAAUAUUUAGAGUAAGAUUUGGUGUCAUGUUUAAUUGAGUGGAUAUUUAAAUUUCUAACCUAGAUAUGAUCAUUGUUCAUUAUAUUAAAAUGAAAAGUUGA